AUGGCACAAAGAGUAGUUAGAGCAGGAUACAACCCGUACGUCACCCCAAGCAACAAGAUGAUGUUCUGCAAGAACGAGAAGGGAGAGCUCUUCUUCAGAAAGCAGAAGAAGGCUGGAAGCACCCAAAAGUGCGGAGACUGCAAGCAGAGCCUCCGGGGAAUACCCGCAAUGAGACCAGCUGACUUUGCUAGACUCCCGAAGUCCCAGAGAACCAUCAACAGAGCAUACGGAGGAACAGUCUGUGCCGUGUGCGUAGAGAAGAGAGUUCUCAAGAGCUUCCUAACCGCAGAGGAGAAACAAAUCAGGGAAAUGGCCCAAUAA